AUGUCCUACGGAUCCAUCGCUGGCAGCGGCGGCCUGGGGAGCCACGGCCCUUUUGGGGGGCCCUCCACACAAGGCUAUCAGCCCCUAGAGUGCGUUAAAUGUUGGACUGAGUACGGAAUCCGUCACUUCCCCUGCCCGUCGCCAGAGAGCAGCCUGCAGGACCCCUGUGUGGGCAGGGACGGGGAAGGUGAUCUGGGGCUGGCCGGUACGCGCAGAGGCCCGAGGGCCAGGAAGCGAGGGCCAGGGGUCGCCACGGACGGCAGCGGGACACCGGAGCGCACCUCACCGCCUGCCGGCCCGAGGAAGGACUUGGCUGCAAGAGCCCAUGGCCGGGUGGCGGGGCCCAGGGCCUCCCGGGCCAAGAAGAGGAAGCCCAACUUCUGUCCGCAGGAGACGGAGGUGCUGGUGGCCAAGGUCAGCAAGCACCACCAGCUGCUGUUUGGCACCGGGCUGCUGAGGGCCGAGCCCACCCGCAGGUACCGCGUGUGGAGCCGCAUCCUGCAGGCCGUGAAUGCGCUGGGCUACUGCCGCCGCGACAUCGUGGACCUCAAGCACAAGUGGAGGGACCUGCGUGCCGUUGUGCGGCGCAAGCUGGGCGACAUGCGUGGAGUGGCCCCUGGCCCCGGCCCCGCCAAGCCCCAGGCCCUGGCCCUCACACCUGUGGAGCAGGUCGUGGCCAAGACCUUCUCCUGCCAGGCUCUGCCCUCUGAGGGCCUCAGCCCCGAGCUGCCCAGAGCCACCGAGAUGGACCUGAGUGACCUCCAGGAACUGUUCCAGGAGACGUCGGCCAGCGUCUUCCGAAUCAACUCCAAUGUGGCCUUCUUGGAGCAGAGCCUCCGGUCCCUGGGGACGCCAAGUGGCACGCAGGAGCUGCGGGACAGCCUGCAUACGGUGCAGCAGCAGACCAACCACGCGAUCGCAGCCAGCACCAGUGCCCUGAAGCAGGUGGCUGAGCUCCUGCGGGGCUGCUCCCGGCAGGAGCGUCUUCAGCUGGACCGUCUGAAAACUCAGCUUUCAGACGCCAUCCAGAGCUAUGGAGUGGUGCAAAAGAAAAUUGCAGAAAAGUCCAGAGCACUGCUUCCCACAGCACAGAGGGUUGGCAAGCAGCAGAGUCCCCAGGCCCCAUUUGCCGAGCUGUCCGAGGACGAGAAGAUCUUUAACGGGGGCGACGGUGUGUGGCAGGCCCAGGGGCAGGCGCUGCUUCCGGAGAUCACCGAGGAGGACCUGGAGGCCAUCCGGCUGCGUGAGGAGGCCAUCCUGCAGAUCGAGAGUGACCUAUUGGAUGUGAACCAGAUCAUCAAGGACUUGGCCUCCAUGGUGUCAGAGCAAGGAGAGGCCAUCGAUAGUACUGAAGCCGGCCUUGAGGCUGCGUCCUCGCACGCAGAGGCGGCCAGGGAGCUCCUGGCUGGAGCCAGCCGGCACCAAGGCAGGAUGGGUCUGUCGGUGUCUGCUGCCUUCCUGGAGGGCGUGGGCCAUGGAAAGGGCCGCCCGGCCUUCCGGCCGCUGGGCUGGGUGUGUCCGUGUCUGCCCCUGGCCUGGCCCCCGGCUGGAGCUGGUGGAGCCCUCUCUGCUUGGGACGAGUUGGCCGGCUCAGAGGGAGGAGCCCAGUGGGCAGAGCACACGCGGGGGGAUGGGAGGCCGCUGGACUACACGAGAGUGCGUCGUGGGGUGGAGGCUGGCCCCACUGCUGGCCUCCCCUUUUCUCUGUCAGUGGCCACUAGACGCCUGAGUCAGGGCGACAAGCCCGACGACGACGAGGCCCCCGGCUGCCUGUGGCUACCCCUGCGGACGCUGGAUGGGCCAAGCCUGCCUGAAGCCGACUCCCUGGACCCCCGAGGAGCCUUCCCUGCGUCCCCCUCCUCACCCUCCCCGCCCGCCUCCCCGGCCUCGGCACCUGCCACGGCCACAUUCCCCGGGGCCUCCCGGCCCUCGCCGCCCUCCUCGGCUGCACCCCAGCCCCCCGGGAAGCCCACAGGGGCUGAGGCCUCGGACUUGGAACGGCGGCUGCUGGACUCGCAGCGGCAGCAGGGCGCCCUGCUCAGCUCCUGGUCCCAGCAGCAGAGCGCGCUGCUGGCCCAGCAGAACCUGCUGCUGCAGCGGCUGGCCGAGCAGAGCCAGCGGCUGGCCGAUGGCGUCGAGGCCCUCAACCGGACCCUGGAGAGGCUGGUGGAGGCCCUGCCGACCCGGGGCGCCUCGCCCGCAGUCCCAGAUGGCUCCCCUGGGGGUGGAACAGCCUGCAGGCCAGCUGGAGGCUCCCAGGGCAGCCCCCAGGGCGGCCACACAGGCCAGGCCGUCUUCUCAGGGAUGAUCUUGAAGGUGGAGGAGGAGAUGUAG